CGUGGUUAUUUAAAGGAAUUUUUGCGAACUAAUUUAUUUUAAAACGGUUCAAACGGUCUUUUGAAAAGAUAUUAAUAUUUCAAAAUUUUAUACAUCGACCUACUAAUUGUUUUCAAGUAACGUAGUCGCUUCAAUUUGUAGACCAAGUGUGCUAUUAAAAUGCCACCCAAAAAAGCUAAAGGCAAAAAGGGCAAGAAAGACGAGAAGAAAGACCCGAAUAAGCUCAGCAAUGUGGAUCGCGUAUUCUGCGAACUUACCAUCGCCGAUCUCAAUCAGAAACUUGCACGCCUACGCACCCAUCUCGCAUCUCUGGACGACAACAAUGUCAAUCUCAAGGAAAAGCUGCGUGAGAUCGAGGAGGACCACACCGAUGUGGCGGCGCAUUUGGAACGCGUGCUCGGCGACCGCAACGAAACUAUACACGAGCUGGAAGAGCGGCUCAAUGAGGUUAUCAAAAUACGCGAAGUAGAGAACACACAAUCGGCGGAGAAGAUAAAGGAGCUCGAAGCUAAGUACAAAUCUAUGCACGACCAAUUGACUUCGGAAAUUAAGUUGCUCAAUGGUAAACUGAACUCACUAGACGAGUUUCGCGUACAACGUGACAUUCUGCUGGCCAAAUUCGACGAUCAGGAAACGGAAUUAAAGGAGAAGGAGCGCUCAUAUGUGGAUAUGGUUUACACUAUGGAACAAAAGGCUGUGGUUGAAAAGGAUGCGCUAAAGAAGGAGGUCGAAACCAAAUUACUGCAAGUAUCAGAGGAUUUUACACGUUCCAGUGAGAUACGCAACGCCGGCUACACGCGUCGUCUAAUACGCGAGAACAUCGCUUUACAGAAAGAGAUCGACAUAUUGGUGCUGUCUCAAAUUAAAAUGCAACAGCAGUUCAAUGAACAGGUCAUACGGCACAAAGAAAUGACCGAGCAGUAUGCGUCGAUGGAUCAGUUGAAGAAGCAACUGAUACGCAAUUCACAAAAUAAGAUCAAAAUAAUCGAAAAGCUCACCGACAACUAUGAAAAACUCAAGGCCAAAUACAUUGAGGUCGCGAAGUAUCGCAAGUUGUACGAGACGGCUGUUAAACGUGACAUAUGUGAGCGUUUCAACUUCAAGGACAUGUCGAAGAAGAUACGCCACCUGGAACAGCGCAUCGAAGAGCUGAAAAUGGAGAAAUCACGUUUCAUUGCGAUACAUCAGCAGCAUGAAACGGAAAUACAACGCUUACGUGACAUUAUCAUACAAAUCAAGAGUACCGUACAAUCAGCCAUCGAAGCCAUACACAGACCGUGUGCCAAGGAUGGGGCCAAGGAUGGUGUAAGGGAGAGCAUCUCCCAAGAUGCAAUGCGCCAGCUGCGACGUCAUGACCUACUCACCGAGUUGAUGGAUAUUGUAAGUAGUCACUCAGACAAGCUACCGUCGACACCAUCCGUGCAGUCGAUUUCACGCUCGACCUCAAGUAUCUACCAACCCGGCAAAAUGGGCUUACUGCCACGCACCGCAUCUUCAUUGAUGGAAAUCUUCAAGCGUACCGCGCACAAGGCCGCCUCCACAGAUGUUGUCGCUACCGAAUAUCAAAUACAGGAGGUGGAGAGUAAAAUUAUACCAAAAGCACGUGAAUUGGGUGGCCAGAACUUGUUCGAUGUGGAAAUGGGCUCUACCUUGUAUGCGUCAUCGUCGCACGAGGCGAUCGAAACGGUGGUGCCUGCCGAGGAUGAGAAGGUGGAAGAAGAGGAUGAGGGUGAGUCCAGCAGUACUGAAUAUGGCUCAUCGGCUGGUCGUGUUACCGCCAAAGCUUCGGCGGCGUCAAUGACAGGACUUGCAAGCGAGUCACAGGUAUUGAGAACUCCACAACUGUCGCGACAUUCUUUAAUCGGAGAAACGGCAUCGCGACAUGCCACCGAAUCGGGAUCACGAACCGGCUUCGAUGGAGAAUAUGACGAGGGGGAUGAAGAAUUUUCGAUUAAUUUGUUUUAUUGAAAAUGUGUAAAAAUAUAUUUGAUGUUUUUUGCAAAACGACUUAUUACCACAUACAUAUUUAGCACAUAUUUAGAUGUAUUAUAUUUUG